UGAGAAUGGCAGUGAAGCCUGAAGUGAAGUGAAUUAUGGUGUAGAUGCUGACAGGAAACCUCAUGCACACAAGAGUGUCACUCGCUCGUGAAUGUUGGCUUCCUUUCUGAGCUCACUGCUCUGUGAUAUUCCCCUCCAGCAAGACCAGCCAAGGAGCUUCGGGCCGGUGGAAGGGUGGCUUUUCUAUCACCGAUAAGCAGAUUGGAGCUGCAAUCCUAUCUUACUUUCCUGAACUGAAAGCAGAAACAACUUGGGGGUAUGACUGCUUCACUCACUGCUGACAAGAGGGACGUGACCCCAAAAUCUGGGUGCAGUGAAGCCAAAGAGAAUUAAAAGCUUCGGUGUGGCAGCUUAAGUGCCAGCAAUGGAGUUUGCAUGCAGCCAUGUAGUGUGCAACUGGCAGCCAUCCCCGCAAGACCGCCUUCUAGGUAGAAAUGAUUCUGCAGCUACAUCCUGGGGACGAUCCACAUCUGGGAGUGUUCAUGAUUACGAUAACCGUAUUGCAGUGAUUCCAAAGAGGAAUGAUAGACUGCUGGCUGAUGGAUCAGCAAGGCCAGCCAUUCCUCCUCCUCUUCCUCCCAGGCAGAAAAACAGACAUGGACCUGCUAGGAGCCCACAAGUGGACCACAAGCCGUCAGUCAGUGUUCCUCCUCCGCUUCCACCUCGCUCCAAUGGUGGCAGAUCCAAGAGUGGCCUGAAUGCCAAUGUAAAUGUGUUUUCUGUCAACAUGGGGAAGCUUGCUGAUCUCAAGAAAAGCGAUGUACCAAUCAUCAAUGACCAGCCUCUGUGCUGCACUUACUGCUCAGCGGCCUUAUCACCAUUCAGCACUCAGUGCCAACAGAAAGGAGAUGUUGUGUGGAGGUGUGACUUCUGUUACAAACAUAAUCAAUCCAGUGGCAGAAUCUGUGGCUCACCAAACACUGAUGUCCAUGAUGUCAUCUACUUAUCAGAGGAAGAAGACGGGGACUACGUAAACCUAGAUGACCUCCUGAUUGUUUUCUGCGUGGAUAUCUCUGGAAGCAUGUGUGUCACCACGAAGGUUGAUGUAUCUACCAAACUUGUUACACCCGUUCAUGUUUCAAGGCUCCAGAGUGUCCAGGAUGCUAUCCAGAACUCUCUGUCUUUCCUACUGAAGACUUACCGUCACAGGCGAGUUGCCCUUGUCACCUUCAAUGAUAAGGUUACCGUUUAUGGCGAUGGCAUGGUUACACCCUUAAUGCUGAGCGAGUGGGGGCUGAUGGAUUACACCUUCUUGAAAUCGCAAGGAGAGAACUUCACUACCCCACACUGCAUCGCAGAAAGCGUUGACAACCUACGGCACAAGGUGCAGGAGAUGAGAGAAUAUGGCCCCACUGCUUUGGGUCCAGCUGCUCUUGUGUCCAUAGCAUUGGCCUCCAGGUACUCAGGGUCAAAGGUAAUCAUCUGCACUGAUGGACUGGCAAAUAUUGGCCUGGGAUAUUUAAAUCCCAAAGAAGAGGCACCCAGUGAGACCGCCACUUAUUUCUACAAGAGUCUUGCUGAGGAGGCAGUGGCCAAGGGGGUCAUCGUCUCCGUCUUGACGUUUGAAGGCACUGACUGCAGAUUGUCUGAACUGGGGCAGCUGGCAGACAGGACUGGAGGACGGGUGAACAUUGUCAACAUCAAUAACCUGUCAAGUGAGAUUCAGAUCAUACUUGAGGACAAUGUUGUAGCUACUGAUGUGAGAGCCACGUUGUUUCUACCAGAGGGAAUGUAUUUCAGGUACGAAGACCAUACGGAUCAUAAACUACUGCGAGAGAUUGGUAAUGUGACAGAUGAUUUGGAGGUCACAUUUGAAUUUGGGAUAAAAGAGUCAAGCCUAGAGGCUAUUGCAAAAAGAGAAAAGGUUCCCUUUCAGCUACUGCUGAGCUAUAAAACCCGAGAUCUGCAGAGAGCUACUCGAAUUAUUACUAUGGAGAAGAAUGUCAUAUUGACCAGCUUUCUUACAGAGGAUAAUCUCAAUAUGGAGGUCCUCAAAGUUCAUUUUGCUCAACUGAGUGCUCGCCUUACAAUGCAGGGGCGAGUCAAGGAAGCACAACAACAGGUUCUGGCUCAACAAGAACUUCUCCGCACUAUUGGAAGGCAGAACCCCAUCAAUACUGAGGAUGACAUUUACGAGAACUGGAUGAGGACCAUGGCUGUGAUCUGCAAUGACCUCACUAAAACCACAGAGAACCAGAGUUCAUCGGAGGACAUGAAGGAGGAUAACAACUCUGCCUUUAAGGUUCUCUCAGACGAGGUUGCGAAUGUAGUGUAUCACUUGAAGAGAGCAAAGAGCAUAGUGAUGAAGAAAUCCGUGCAUUAGUAGCCCUGCUGGAUUAAGGGCGACAUUUCUGAAGGAGAUCCUGAGAUAUGGACAAACUGGAUGAGUGCUCCAGGGUUCCAAAUUAAAACAACUAUGAUGGCUAGACAUGGCCAUUUUAAGACUCUGUUUAAAACACAUUGUUUAAAAAUACCUGAGAAUUUUAGAUACAGCUUUUUGCAAUUUAUGUUAUAAUGUUAAAUUAAUCAAUGGUUCUUUCUUUUCUGAAUGCUUUGUAGCCCAUGCCUGGGGCUUACUACAUCAUUACUCUGUGCAAAUGGAAAUAUCCAGAUUCAAUGUCUCCUGUCAGCCUAGCAUGUAAGAACAUCAGAUGAAUGUUCAUACUAAAAUAAAUGCUGCUGAUCACAUGCUG